AUGAGCACCGGGGUGCUGAGCCCUGGGGGGCACAGAGCUUCCAGCAGCCCCCAGCAGACCUCAUCCAGACCUCGGACGUCCUUCCUCAUCCAGGACAUCCUAUGGGAUGGGGUUGAGAGGGGAGCACAAAUGGAUCAAAGCGGGAUACCAGAGGAUGGGGAGCAGCAGGAUGGCCCUGCAGUAUCCCCAGCACAGCCCCACAAUGCAAAUCCAGAUGCUGAGACCCCACCAUGCAGCCGUGACCCCCCCCAGAAGGUGCUGCCCCGACCCCCCCGGCCAGCAAAGCGCUCGCGGGCAGCCUUCACCCACAGCCAAGUGUUGGAGUUGGAGAGGAACUUCAGCCGCCAGAAAUACCUGUCAGCCCCCGAGCGAGCCCACCUGGCCCAGAACCUGCAGCUGAGCGAGACGCAGGUGAAGAUCUGGUUCCAGAACCGCCGCUACAAGACCAAGAGGAGAGCGGGGGGCUCUGCGUUGGAGGUCGGGACCACUCACAAAGCAUCCGUGCUGCCCCCAGCCCCACUGCUGGCCGCUCGCUGCCUGCCCUGCUUGUGCUACUGGAGCCCUGCUGCCUGGUGA